CUGGCACUGGAAGAAUCGAAGCGUGGUUUCGAUUCGCUGGUGGAAUCCCUGAAAGAGCAGUUGGCAGCUGUGCGCAGUGAGAAGGAGGACGUGAUGAAAACGGCUGAAAAGCUGAAGGCUCAGAAUCAGUCCGCCAGUGUGCAGGAACAGCAACAGCAGGUCGCUCAGCAAGAAGAGGUGGCUGAACUACAGCAGCAACUGGCUUCUGUUCGUAGUGAUUUCGAGCGAUACCGUGUCCGAUCACACACUGCUCUUAAGAAGAUGGAGAAGCGCGCAGAGCUUCUGAAUGGGAUGAGGAAGGAGAACGAAGUGCUGCUGAAACAAGUUCAGGAGAGUGACCAGCAACGUGAGCAGGCUGAAGCUACCCGUCAGGAGAGCGAGGCCCGCCUGCAGGAGGUGUUACGUACGCAGGAGAUGAUGCAGGCGGACUUUGAUCAGAUUGCAGCCGAAAAGGCGAGAGUAAUUGCUGAGCUGGAGGAAGAGGGAGAGCGGUUGGUAUCGGAGCGUGAGCAAACAGACAAGCAAAUUCAAGAUUUGACCCUCAAAAUUCAGGAACUGGAGAAGGAGAAAACGCAGAUUGAAGAAGAGAGCGAGCGCAUCAAGGAAGCGGAACACGAAGCUUUCCAAGCGCGUUUGGCCACUGCAACUGCCGCGGUGCAAACCGCGAAGCAAGACUUGCAAAUGGUGCAUGAUGCCCUGGAAGCUAGCAAAGCGGAAAACGACAAGCGACAGAAACGUAUCGAGUCUCUGGAAUUGGAGCUCGAGCAACAACGAGCAAGCAUCUCAUCGACCAUUGUUACAAACAGCUCGUCGCCGGAUAUUCCAUUCCCCGCUGCAUCUGCACCACCCCUCUCCUCAUCUUCAGCGGAUGUAAACCGGAAUGUGGCUGGGCUUGAAAAGGAAUUGUCAACUUUCAGAGCUUCGGAGACUUCUUUGAGAAAACAGCUUGAUGACGCCCGCGCGGAGUUAAUUGCUCUUCAGGAGCGUUUUGCUACGACUAAAGCAGCAAACGCUGAAAAGGUCUUCGCGUUGGAAGAGCAAAGCAAUCACUGGAAGAUUGAAUUGGCAGCUGCGACCGAAGAAAAGCAUUCAGGGGAUGGUGAACUUAAGACGGAGCUAGCGGAUGCCAACACGGAAAUCACAUUACUCACGAGGGCGUCGGAUGCGUGUCGAGAGGAGUUGCAGAGUGCUCGGGAUCAGAUCGACCUGCUUACUCCGUCAUCAUCCGAGCCGGAAAGCGGUGAGGACCCAAGUGGAGCCGCUAAGGCAUCUGUAGUGCUAGCUGCCAAGGACGAAGCUUUCAAGAAGCUACGCGUACAGGUUCUCGAGUUGCAGGAAGAAAUGCAAACGCUCCGUGACGAGAAGGCAGCGCUUGAGUUGGAGCUGGAGAAGGAAGAGCUGGACGAGCUGCAAGCUAGUCGUAAGAAUUUGCAGUCCGAGAAGGAGCGCGCUAUGCAGCUACAGAGGCGGCAGACGCUGGUAUCAGGCUUCGAAAAGCAAGUGACGACGCUUGUUAAUGAACUGCAGCAGCGGCUGGAAGACCACUCGAGUGCGUUCCGUGAAGUUUGCGACUUCCGUGACGAACAUCGCGCGGCACUUUUUGCCAACGGUGGUGGGAUUGACAGAGCUACGGGGCGUGCUGGUGAACCUGAGUUUGAAGAGUGUCUUGUGAUGCGCAGCGGAGUAGUGAUCAAGGCUGGCGCGAGCUUCCAGCUGCCGGUGAUCUGUGAAAAGCGUGGUUGGCGUGUGGUGUGGAGCUUCUCAGUGAAGGAGGAUUCGGCGGAUGUAUCGUUCAAGUUGGCUGCGACCGUAGCGGACGCGACCUCAACAGAGGUUGAAGUGGUGUCGCCCGAGCGAAUGAACGAGAAGUCAGGUGUGUUCCAGGUGCAGAAUGACAACACGACGCUCGUGUUCGAGUGGGAUAACUCGUUCUCCUGGCUGAAUGAGAAGACCCUGGACUACCAUGUCUCCAUCCAGGAGCCGCUGACCCCGCAGGCGCAGAAGGUCCGACGUAGUGAGCGUGACCUGCAGGCCAAGGCGAAGCUGCUAGAUAACGGCUUGGCGCUGAUCCAGGCCGAGGCCCAACGGCGCUCGGAGCUGUCGGCCACACUGGAGCGGCUCAGUGAACGCGAGUCUGCCAAGAACAAGCACCUCGAGGAGUUUGGGGCCCGUAAGGCUGAGGUGUUGGAGCAGAAGACCAGCUUCCAGGAAGAAAUGGAGGCGCAGAAGGCUGCCUUCUCGGCCAUGCUCAGAGAGCAGGAUGAGCUGGAGGACGUCGAGCGCAGCAUCAUGCGAGCAUGGGAGGCUGCGGUGGCCGAGCGCGAGGACGUCGAGAUGACGCUGCAGCUUGCUGGCAAUGGUGCGCAGUUGGAGACGUUAGCCCAAGAGAUGAAGAAGCAGGCUGAGAGUGUGGCCGAGCAACUGAAGAAUCCUAUCCGUCCCGAGGAGAAGGAAGAAAGCAGUCCAAGCGAGGAGCAGCAGGUAGAGAAGGGUGAUAACGAGCUCGUAGAUGGUCACGCUGACGGUGAAGCUUCCGCGCAACAGGAAGACGAGGAAGCCACGGCGGUGGAGUAA